CGCUUAUAAACUCGUUCGCCUGUGCGCAUGUCUGCACAGUCAAACUCUGAGCCUCGGAGUGAAAAGACUGCUGAGGAGAGAAGAGACAAGAGACUCACAGAGAGACGACAAGGAAAGCGAAAGACGGCUGCAAAAAGUCUGUGGAGUAUGAACACAUUAACUUUUGCGGUUUUUUUAAUGGCACUGGGUUUUCUUCACUGCGAGGCUGGUAACCCAUGUUGCUCAGAACCAUGCCAGAACAGGGGCGUUUGCACAGCGCUUGGACCAGACAAUUACGAGUGUGACUGCACACGCACAGGAUAUCAUGGACAAAACUGCACCACGCCCGAGUUCCUCACCUGGAUCAAAAUGUCCCUGAAGCCGUCGCCCAACACUGUCCACUAUCUUCUCACCCACUUCAAGGGUUUCUGGAACAUCAUUAACAACAUCUCAUUUCUCAGGGAUGCCAUCAUGAGAUAUGUGCUGACAUCUCGAUCCCACAUGAUUGAUAGUCCUCCAACUUUCAAUGCAGAUUAUGGUUACAAAAGCUGGGAAGCCUAUUCCAACCUUUCCUACUAUACCCGCACCCUCCCCCCUGUGCCAGAGGAUUGCCCAACCCCUAUGGGAGUAGCAGGUAAAAAGGAGCUGCCUGAUGUUAAGAUACUGGCUGAGAAGCUUCUGAUGAGAAGAAAGUUUAUCCCAGACCCACAGGGUACCAGCCUGAUGUUUGCAUUCUUCGCACAACAUUUCACCCACCAGUUCUUCAAAUCUGACAUGAAGAAAGGACCUGCUUUUACUGUAGCUAAAGGUCAUGGGGUGGAUCUCAGCCACAUUUAUGGAGACAACCUGGAGAGGCAACACAAGCUCCGACUUUUCAAGGACGGCAAACUUAAAUAUCAGAUCCUGAAUGGAGAGGUGUACCCCCCAACAGUAAAGGAAGUGGGCGCUGAAAUGCACUACCCUCCUCACGUUCCCGACUCUCACCGUUUCGCUGUGGGCCACGAGGCGUUUGGCCUGGUCCCUGGUCUGAUGAUGUACGCCACCAUCUGGCUACGGGAACACAACCGGGUAUGUGAUGUGCUGAAGGAGGUCCACCCUGACUGGGACGAUGAAAGGCUCUUCCAGACCACACGGCUCAUUCUGAUUGGAGAGACCAUCAAGAUUGUGAUUGAGGACUACGUGCAGCACCUGAGCGGCUAUAACUUCAAGCUCAAGUUCGACCCUGAGCUGCUCUUCAACCAGCGCUUCCAGUACCAGAACCGCAUUGCAUCCGAGUUCAACACCCUGUACCACUGGCACCCACUGAUGCCUGAUACUUUCCACAUUGAAGAGAAAGAAUACAGCUAUAAGCAGUUUGUCUUCAACACCUCUGUAGUGACCGAGCACGGCAUCAACAACCUUGUGGAGUCGUUUACCAAGCAGAUUGCCGGACGGGUCGCUGGUGGCCAAAAUGUCCCAGGACCUAUCAUGUAUGUGGCCAUUAAGUCCAUUGAAAACAGCAGACAAAUGCGCUACCAGUCCCUGAACGCCUACAGGAAGCGAUUCUCCAUGAAGCCCUACACCUCCUUUGAAGACAUGACAGGAGAGAAAGAAAUGGCUGCAGUGCUCGAGGAGUUGUACGGUGACAUCGACGCCGUGGAGCUCUACCCGGGUCUGCUGGUGGAAAAGCCCAGGUCUAACGCCAUCUUUGGGGAGACUAUGGUGGAAAUGGGGGCACCGUUCUCCCUCAAGGGCUUAAUGGGAAACCCCAUCUGCUCACCAGAGUACUGGAAGCCCAGCACAUUCGGAGGAAGCGUGGGUUUCGACAUCGUCAACACCGCCUCCCUGCAGAAGCUCGUCUGCAAUAAUGUCCAGGGCCACUGCCCCGUGGCGUCCUUUCAUGUGCCUGACGUUAAAGAGACGGGGUCCAUGAUCAUCAACUCAAGCACAUCCCAGUCACGCGGCAGCAACAUCAACCCCACACUCAUUCUGAAAGAAAGGACUACUGAGCUCUAAUUUGUAUUCAUUUCUCAAAUUUUAUUACACUAUUUUUUUUAAUAUAUGUAUUUAUUUAUUUAUUUAUUUAUUGUCCCGUAUUUAUAUUGCAAAAUGAGAAAGCGAUACACAAAUUUUUAUACGAUUUUGUACCUUUUCUUGUUGUUGUCAAAGUCUGUGGUUCUGUUUAUUUAUUGAUAGAAUGUAAGUACAGUAAGUUAUUGUUCCAGUAAUGACCUCAGUCACAGGAAUUUGCUACUUGAAAUUUAGUUUACAGUUUCAGCUACUAUUCUGAUGUACUUGAUCAGAAUCAGAAUACACCUGAUGUAAAUUUAUGCUCAUUCAUAUGACAACUUAGCAGCUGUGGAACAUAGAAGUCAUGUUUACAUUGAACUUAAUGAUCUCAACUCUUUUGAUCUCAUUUAACAUACAUUUAUUUAACAUAUUUCAGUAUUGUUUCGCUGAUGUUUUAGUUCUUCAGUCUGUGGGAUUUGGUAAUCUGAAAUGUCAUUAAUAACCCUGAGUCUAAACUGCACUGUUGUUUUCAGAGUUGUUUGUUAAUGAGAAACACCUAAUAAAUGCUGCCAGGAUGUGGAGCACUUUUCUCAAAA